UUUUUUUCUUGAUAUAAAAUAAUUUUAAAAAAUGUUAUUUAAAAAUAUAUAUAUGAAAUAUAUUCAACAGAAUUAAUAUUAUAUAUUAUAUACUAAUUUUUAUAAUAAUUUUAAAUAACAUAUUUAUAUUGUUUUACCGAUCAUUUUAUUAAAUAGUUUAACUAGAGCAUAAAACUUAUGUAUCAAACUGCUUCUAUAGCAUACUGCUACGGCGUUAUCAUCCGCCCUGCCAAUCAAAGCUUAAGUCAAUUAUAUAUCUUCAUUAGACAAUUAUUCGGCCUAAAAAAUUAUACGUUUGAAACAACUAAAAUGUUAUGGAUAUUCGAAUAUUUUUGUUAUUGGAUUUGACCAUUUCAUCUGGGAGAUAAGAAGCAUGAAAAACAUUCAACCGCGACAUAAUUUUGUGAUAGAUUGAUUUUAGUUGGUAAAGAUGAUUUCAAAAUCAGAAAAAAUUGUCUAUUUUUGCAAUUUAUUUAGAAAAUUUUCAAUGUCUAAAGGAAAUUUUCAGUUUUCUUGCAGCAACAACAUACGUAUUCAAGAUUCAAAAUACAAAAAAAAUAGAUAAUUGCACGUGUCAGUCCUACUUUGUCUACAUAAAGUUGGAGUUUUUAGUUUGGUUAACAAACUCUUUUUUCUUUUGUAAAUUUAAAGGGUUAAACCCAGAUCUAUUAAAGACACAAACCAAAUCUCUAGAUGGGAGAUGUAACCCAUGAAUGAAUCCUCUUAUGGGUAUUUAAAUAGGCCGUAAGCGUGGGUUCAUAUUCGCGUGGCUACAUGUGUAGCUAAUAAUUUCGUAUUAGAGAGAAGUCGAUCACUGGUCUAAAUCAACAGGGUAAUUCUUCUUCGAGUGGAAAUCACGGGAUCGUCACAACGUAGUUUCGGUUAACAAACUCUUAAUUGAUUUUUUAUGUCAAUGACAAAAGAAAAAAGAAUGCGUUACUGCUCAACGAGAUGGGAGAUGUAAUCCACAUAUGGAUUCUCUUAUGGGUAUUCAAAUGGACCGUAAGCGUAGAUUCGUAUCCGCGUAGCUACACGUGUAGCUUAUAAUUUCGUAUUAGAAAGAAGUCGAUCCCUGGUCUGGAUCAAUAGGAUAACUCCUUUUCGUGUGGAAAUCACGGGUCCGUCACAACGUGGUUUCGGUUAGCAAACUCUUAAUCGAUUUUUUUAUGUCAAUGAGAAGAAAAAAGAAUACGUUACUGCUCAACGAGAUCGGAGCCCCCUCGUGUAUAAUAUUGGUCCCAUAUUAUACACACGCUUCUGGCCUCUUAACUCACACGUGUAUAAACAUCAUUACCGUUGGUCAAAGCUCCUGUCAAACCACAGAUCUAACGGUUACGACAUUUGACCGAGCAAGACAGUCACACACGAGCUUUGAUUUUUGACUCAAGACCAACAAAUAUUAGUUGAAUCUCUCAGUAUAUUUGACCCCAAAAAUGAUCCCAUUCAAAAAUUUCACAUAAAUUAGAAAAAUAAAUUAUUUAUUGUAUACAUAAACAUAAUUUAACUAUAACAAAAGAGUAUACAAAAUAUAAAAUAAUCAAUGUAGAUAAAAUUAUUUUAUUUUUAUAUUAGACUUUUAAACAUGAUCUACAAAAAAUGGACAUGAAACAAAUACUAUCAAAAAUUUCAAAUUUUGAGAUUUUUCUUUAUUGAUUUGUAUUUUUUUUUCUGAAAAGAUACAUAUAUCUAAAAAUCCAAACAUAUACAUAUGUUUGUGAAUUUUUAUAGAUAUUUGUCUAUUUCAUCUGGUUUAUUUAAUACAAAUAAUAUUUUAAAAACCAUACAACUAUGUUUUUAUAAUUUUUUUACAUGAUAUAAAAUAAAAAAUGUAAUUAUAUUUCAUAAAUUUAAGCAUAAUUAAAUCAUUUAGAAAAAGUAAAGAAAAACUUAUAGUUGACAUACAAAAAUUAUCUUACUUUUUGAUUUAAUACUUGUAUAAGUAAUAUUUGAAUAAAAUUUAUGAAAUCAUAUGCUGGAAUAAUAGUUAUAUUAACUUAUAUAUUUAAUAUAGUAUAUCUAAUAAAACAAAUAUACGCUUUUUAAAAUUUUAAAAUUUAUAUUUUAUUAUGUUUUUAACGGAUAUGAUUUAUAAUAUCGAUUUUGCUUAGAUAUUCAGAUUUUUUGAAUCAAAACGAAUUUUGAAGAUAUCAUAUACAACCGUACGAGCUUCUAUAAUUGUUUCCUCUAGAAUUUGACUGAAGAUAUAGUACAGAAGAAGUAUCUAGUUUAUGAUUUUAACAUCUUUUAUACAGAGUACUAUAGUAUAUAUCCAGUCAUCCAGAUAUAUAUGAAACUGUCAUGUCCGGCGAAUAUUUAGGACCGAAUGUUUUUUCUUAACAUAUUGCAAAGAGAAUAUUAUGAAGAGAACUAAAAAAAAAAGGUUGAAGGGUGACGCAAGCGUGCGUUUGACUCUGUCUUUAAAACCACCUCCACUCACUUCCUUCCCCACCUUUCACUUACCAAUACCAUCUCUUCAUCAUCAUCCCUCUUUUAACUUUUAUUUUUCCCGCAUUAUUUUUACGAAAUCAAUGGGAACCGAGACGUACAUUACGGUUCCUAGCUUCUUCAAGUGUCCAAUAUCUCUCGACGUGAUGAGAUCUCCCGUUAGUCUCUGCACCGGCGUUACUUACGACCGUGCAAGUAUCCAGCGGUGGCUCGACGGUGGCAACAACACUUGUCCCGCCACUAUGCAGGUUCUCCGAACUAAGGAGUUUAUUCCCAAUCUCACUCUUCAACGACUAAUCAAAGCCUGGUCCGAUUCCCUCGGCCGUUACGCCGCCGCUUCUCCGCCUCCGGAUCCGACGACGGACGAAGUGAAUGAGUCGUUGCGGAGACUGAGCCUCGAGAAGGACGACGAGAUUCGUCUGGAGAUUUUGGUUAGAUUCGUGAAGGAUUGGGACGCGAACAGAGCGAGAAAGGAUCUCGUACCAAUGCUCGUCGAUAUCAUCGCCGGAGGGACACGCACGACGACGAAGACCAAGCUAGUUCUUCUCGCGAUUAAGAUUUUGAAUAGUAUAAUCAAAGGAGGUAGUGAAGGAGAUCGGAAACGGUUAUCGAAUCUAAUGUUAACAAACGGUGACGGCGAUUGCUUAACGGAGAUUCUCCUCGCGAUCCAGCGCGGGAAUCUGGAAUCGAAAAUCGAAUCCGUUAGAGUUUUGGAGGUUAUCUCUUCGAUAGACACGCAAACGAAGCUAAUAGUCGCAGAGCGCGACGAGAUUCUCACGGAGGUGAUCGAAUCAAUCAGCACCGAGUCAGAUCCUUCCUUGAUCGAAGCGAGUUUAUCAUUCCUAAUCACGAUCGCGAAAUCGAAACGAGUGAGGUCGAAACUAAUCACCGCGAAAACUAUCACGAAGAUCAAAGACAUUCUCCUAACGGAGGAGAUAACCAGCGUCGCGGUGACGGAGAAAUCGCUGAAACUGUUGGAGACUCUGUCGUCGAGGCGAGAAGGUAGAUCGGAGAUUUGCGGCAGAGACGGAGGCAGGUGCGUCGAAGGAGUUGUGAGGAAGCUGUUGAAAGUUUCGACGACGGCGACGGAGCAUGCAGUUACGAUUUUGUGGUGUCUGUGCUAUGUGUUCGGGGAAGAGAAGAGGGUGGAGGAGACGGUGGAGAGAAGUAACGGCGUGACGAAGCUUUUGGUUGUGAUACAGAGCAACUGCUCGCCGAUGGUGAGGCAGAUGGCGAAAGAUGUGAUUAAGGUUUUGAAGGUUAAACCAUCUGCUUCCGAUUUGGUUGCUUACGAGACCACGACCACUCAUAUUAUGCCAUUUUGACUUUUACUAAUAUAGAAAAAUGUUAUCAGCUAUUUUGAACGUAGAUAAUGUAAAAAAAAAUUGUUAGUGCGAUUAAUUUCACAAAUAUUCAAUUUUAGUUUCGCCUGAUUUAAUUAAAAACUAUACGAUGAUUUUUCUAUAUUUCAAUAAUUUAUUAUGUGUUCAACACACUAUUUUAACGGUAAAAAUGGCUUAAAGGAUAGUACAUUUUUAAAUUCCUAUCAUACAUAAAAUAUUAGUAAUUCAAUGUGGCGUAUUUUUUAAUAGGCGUAAAGUUUUAUAUUCUCUCUGUUUCUAAAUAUAUUAUGUUUAGUUAAACACACAUAUUAAGAAAAAUUAAUUUUUUGUUUAGAAAACAACAUUAAAACUAUAAAUUAAUGAUAUUCAACCAAUUACAAAAUAGAUUAUUAAAUAUGAUUGAUUGCACAGUUUUUAAUAAAGUAAAAGCUACAUAAAAAAUAAAAAUAUCUUCUAUAUUGAAACAUUAAAUUUUUUUAAAACAUCCUAUAUUUAAGAACAUUUUAUCGUAGGGAAGGGAUCAAUCAAGUGACUUAUAAUAUCAUCUGAUUAUUUUGAUUUGUUAGCUUAGGCUAUGUAUGAACUUUGUAUUUGCUAAACACCCACAGUUUUGCUACAAUCAAAUUCAAAUGACAGCUUCGUGUACUAAUAAGAAUAAAAUUAAUCUAAAACUUUGGUCCAUUGAAUCUGGCUUAAAGUUGUAUUAGUAUGAGUAAAAUGGAUGGUUAUAUAUAUUUUGCUUACUAAGCAAAAAUAAAGGAAUAAGGUUCCUUUGGACGGAAGUAUUA